CAAGCGUGGCCCACCCGCCCGCCGUGGGGGGGCGGCGCGUGGGCCGCGCGGGGGCCGCGCGCGAGGGGUGCGCGCGCAGGGCCGGGAUGGAGCUGCGGUCGGGCGACUUGGUCGAGGUCGAGGGUCUGAAGACGGCGGAGCUCAACGGCCAGUCCGGCACCCUCUGGCGGCUGGACGAGGAGUCUGGUCGAUGGGAGGUGAAGCUGCAGAACGGGGACAUGAAGUCCAUCCGCCCGGAAAACCUGUGCUUCCAGGCCGUGAGCCCCGUCGAGGACGACGGAACCCUCGCGCUGGUGGGCAUGGCGACCGAGCACCCUGUCAUGCAGCGCAUCCUCACGAGGCUGCAGGAACAGAACAUGAAGGAGAUGCUCGAGGCCACUCAGCUCGUCAGCCACGUGCUCUCGCCCAAGGGAGGUGGCAAGGCCGAGGGGGCCGACGUCCCCGUCUGGCUGAAGCUUGCCAGGCAGGCGCAGCAAAAGGUCAGAGGGUCUUUGGAGGACCUGCAGAAGAACCUCGAGGAGG